AUGUACGAAAUCAACGUGAAACUUCAAGGAAAUAAAAUGAACAUUAUCAAGGCUAAGGGAAUCAUAUCUUCAUUCAUCGCCAAGUUUGAUAUCUACAAAUCAAACAUUGGUCGCAAAGAGCUAAUGCAAUUUCCAACUCUUAGAAAGUGUUCAAUGGCAGAUAUCGUGAUUCUCGAAAAUAAAAUCUUAAUUUUUACUGAUCAGCUUGAUCAGUUAAAAACUGAUAUGGAAUCAAGAUUUAAAGAUUUGAUGAAAUUAGAAAUUCCGGAUUGGAUUUUCGAUCCUUUCUGUUUUGAAGUUGUGGAUAAGCUCACUUCCUCUUUGCAAACUGAGUUUUUAGACUUGAAGUAUGCUAAAGUUGUCUUUAAAAAAUACGGUUACGAGUUAGCUUGGGUAAAGCUUAUGGACACUUAUCCACAAUUGUGGAAACAAACUGACCCGCUCCUCAUCUCGUUACCGUCAAUAUAUUUAGUGGAGAGAGGAUUUAGUUCUGUCAUCCAGCCCCUCACAAAGCAAAGAAAUAGGUUGGACAUUUGCUUCAAAGGAGACCUGCGACCUGCGUUUAAAUCUGACGAACAUAAAACCUGA